UGGUAGUAGUAGCAGAUAACUUUUAGGGCCAAAAUAGUGGGAAGAGGUGGUGGGUUUGUUGGGAAUAGUGGCGUGUAUGUAGGGUAAGAUGGUGGUGCAAUUAAAUCCCCCAAUCUACUUUUCUGUGAACAAAAUGUGAAAUUCACACUACGACCUGUGAAAGACAGCAAUACGCAACUAAGCGUCUAGUCUGCCGGGAAAGCCACACGAAGAAGAGUGUAAACGGAAGUGAACACUAAGAACGUUUUCCACGUUAGCGUUUUUGUUGUUAUUUAGAUUUUAUUCAUUAUUAACACCCUGGAAUACAAAAUAUGAAUAAUUUAACUGCACAGCAUCACAUACUUACGACAUGUAGUCUUUAAUUCGCUUUGGAGACUUGGUUGAUAGGUGUUAUCUAGGUAACGCUAGCUAGCUAGCUGCUAACAAUGGCUAACUGUAUGGUUUUUCAAACUCAAAUAGCCUCCAUCAUGGAGGUACUAGCAAAUGCAGCCGUGGCAGAGAUCUGUAAACUUGUAGACGACGACUAUGCAGUGUUUCGUUUGGAAAUAACUCAAAGCCAGAAAGAAAACAGGUCAUUGCGGAGGAGACUACAGCUACUGGAACUGAAGGUGUCACGGGAGCGCGUCCUCGCCAUUCGACCCAGUAGUGUCAAGAUCCUCGACAAAUACAGAGGAAUGUCAAGAGGUGAAGGACAUCUCACUGGAGGCCACAGGAGCUUUGUGAAGCCUGUGGGACACAAUACAUGGAGAGAUGACCAACCAAUCACUGUUGAUGAGGGGAGUGAAACCUCAACCCAGCACAUUAUCAUGAUAGAGUCUGCAGAUGCAGAGGCUGCAGGUCCUGGGGUCAAGCAGGAGAGGUCUGAAGGAGAGGAGGACCCACAGCAUAGCAGAGACAUCCAGACUGGUGCGGCUAGAGAGCCCCCUGUAGCCACGGAUGAACCCACCACUGCCCCAGUGCAGCCCAGGACCCAACGAAGCGGCACGGAGGAGGAGGAGGGUCCAGAGGUGCUGCUGGUGAAGGAGGAGGGGUGUGAGGAGGGUCUGGGGAACCCUGAGGGGACCAUGGUCAUGGAGGACAACCAGCCUAAACCUCCUCCUGAACCCACAGAGGACCCAGCUGCGCAACACAGGACCACACACAGUCUCACUGAGUCAGUAGACAUUGAGGAUGGGAAGCCUCAUCUGCUGCUGGUCAAAGAGGAGACAAUAGAAGACGGACCAGUGAGCAUUGAUCUGCUGAGUGGACCUAAGAUGGGGGAGCAAGGUGGGUGGCUGGAGGCUAACAGAGGAGACUGGGCAACCAUCUUGGAUUCCCAGACCGGUGCAGCCAAGGACCCAGGGGACAACAUCACUGAGCAAGACAGGACCAGCGGCGAUAUAGUGGAGUCUGCAGUCCAUGAGGACCUGCUGAUAUCAGGUGUUGCUGGCGGGAGAGACUGGAACUUUGAGGUGGCUGGUCACAAACUCUGGCCCUGGAUCAGAACCCUGGAUCAGGAACCAUCGCGCUUCCUUCCCGAUUUGGAACUAGGACCGAACCAUGAGGGACAGAGACUCCACCACACAGAACACAACCAGUGGACAGGUGGACUGAACAACCUCAGUCCUGGUGGUCAUCAGAGAGACAGAGGCUCCAGUCAGGGAUCCAGUCUGCAGCCCAGACCCUUCUCUUCACAGUCUCAGUGCAGGGAUGAAGCAGGGCCUGGGGCUGAUAGAGAUAGACCCUCCUGUUCCUAUGAUACAAACAUCACAGUAUCCAUGAUGAACAGAGCAGGUCACCCUGGGCUUCAGCCUUCACAGAGAGUGGUGGGAGACCCCUCUGGUGGUAGUCUAAUAGGAAGUCUCUUUUCCCCUUCAGGAUCUCAUCAUAGAAGACCUGGGUCUAGCCUUCCUCAGCUACCUCAGGUUUACCACACCAAUACAGACAUGGUCAGGAUGGGCGUUCACCACAAGAGGUACCUAGCCCAUAACACAGAACACAAUCCCAACAACACCCAUACAAUGGCUAGAGGUCAGGGAAGGAGCUCAAAGACUAACCAAUUGAGGGUGGUGGCUCCUGCUUCUACCUCCGGUGUCAUUGGCUCACAACGUGGGAGGCCAAGCGUUAGGUCGGACGCAGACAAGCCGCAUGCAUGUCCCACAUGUGGGAAGCGUUUCACUGAGGCGAACUAUGUGAAGAGGCACCAGACUGUUCACACCAAGGAGAGGCCCUUCAAGUGUAAAUUGUGUUACAAGAGCUUUGCCUUCUUGAGUAACCUUAUCAGACAUAAGAGUGUCCACAAUGGGAAUAAAUUGUAGCAUUGUGGCUUGAGAUGUACAAAAGGGGAUAUCUGAGAACCAUUUUUUAGCUGACAUAAUAUAAUUAUCAUGUGAAAUGUCUUGGGGCAAGAGGUUAAUUAAUCACAUACCUCUCCUUAAAACCCUUUGUUAACUUUGUAAAUACCUGUUUUUAGAGAGACAAUAGCCUAAACCUAGUCUAGAACAUGGACAGUUGAAUAUUUACCGUACUGAGGUUGACGUAGAUGGAAUAAAGUAAUUGUAUUAUUUUCUACUGUAUUCUUACUAACGCAAAGAUGAGUCAUUUCCUGACAGGCUGCAGGAGUGCUCCACGGGAGAUGUGGCAUUUGAUAUAAAUAUGAGGAUGGUUCUUCUAGCCCACGAACUUGGACUUGGUUAUGCAGCUCCAAAGAAAAUAAGCAAAGUCCUAGGGAUUCCUUCCUUGCUUCUCAGCUCAUAUCAAAGACAUGACAGGUAAAUAAAAAGGGAGAGUAGGCCAUUAUUGUCAGGUGACUUGCUGUGUAUACAUAAUAUUUAUUUCCUUGCUCCAGCAAAUGUAUUCAAAGUUAAGAAAACAGAGUAAUAGGAAAACAUAACUAUCCAACGAGACUGUCACAUAGGCCUACAGUGUCAUAGGGCUGUAGCCUAAUGUAAUUGGUGAGAAAUUAGCUUAACAAAAAGUAAAUACAUGCUGAUAUGCUAAUAUUUACAUAGGGUAACAUGCUGAUAUUUAGUCCUGCAGUUCUGUCUGUAAUGUCGACAGACAUAAUAAGUACUUUUCCCCCUACUUUAGUUGCAGAGAUUCACAGAGGGCUACUAGUCAAUGGAGAGUGCUACAAAGAUAAUUAGAAGAGCAUACGCAGAUAUGGACCCAGACACAGCAAAGUUUCUGAAUGAGGAUGCCAUCAUAGACAUUAAUUUAUCCUUCGAUGGCACUUGGAACAAGAGAUGAUUCACUUCCAACUACGGGAUAGGUGUGUGCAUUGGUGCUGGUACCAGCGAGCCAUAGAAAAUGGUGAAGAUCGACCCUGUCAAAAAAAACCUUGGAGGCCAGGCCAUACAUUUUUAAUAGAGAUGUUGCGCAGAAAAUGGCACCUGUAUAUCAUAUGAUGUCAAAUGAUAACGUCCUCAAGAUAAUGUAGCACGGAGGAACCCAGAAUGCAAAUGAAUGUCUGAACUCUGUAAAUAUGGUCGCGAUGCCCCAAAACUGUCUUCGUGGGCAAAAGCCGCAUUGACGGAACAGCCAGUACGGCAAUACCCACGUUCAAUGAGGGAGCCACUGCUAUAACAAAGUUGACGAACAAAUUGUGGCUUGAAAGCACUUUGGUGACACUGGAGCAAUCAGAGAGGAGUUGUGAGAGCUGAUGCUGCUUCAAUGGAGUGUGCCAUGAGUAGGCGUAGGUCCCAUGACACAGUCAAAAAAGUAAAGCGUCACCAGCAAUAACUCAAAGAGGGCCUUACAUAUGGGGCAGGCAUAGCUGAUCAAUGUUCUGCACAUUUCAACAGCCAUACAGAAUCCUUGUAUGUGACAAAUUGAGCAAAGCGAUAUGAGAAUUUGCCCUAAAACUGCAUAUUUGCCCAACAGACGAGUAUUCAAAGCAAAUGCUCUAUUGCUUGAAACAAAUGUAUUAAACGUGCUAAUGUAUUUGUAAAAUGUAUAUUUGAUGUUUACUUUUCAGUUUAGAAGUGAUAUAUAAAUAAGAGUUUCAUUAAUGUGACAUAAAUUGUCAUAUUUUUGGAAAGUACAUUCUAAUUGCAUUAUCGUCUUUAUCGGCCAUUUUCUCAAAAUGACAUGUUCCGGGUGCGCCAAUUCAUUUUUCUCAGUCUUCAAAAGGACGUACAUUCCCAUUAUUCCACACACAAGUUGUUAGGUCUUAUAGUCAGACUUUUACAGAGGUUUUUUUUAUAUAUAUAUCUUGUAUCAUUCUGAUUUUAAGUGUCAUUUUAUGUGUAAAUAUAUGCAAAAUAUGCAUCCGUCAUGCUGAAGUGUAUUUUAAAUAAUUCCAUGAAUUGGCAAUAUUUUAAUAAACCUAUCUGUAAAAGACUGACCAUUGAGUGUCUUAACACAAUAAAACAAAACAAAACAUUCUGCCUUGAA